CAGGUACCUGAUGACAUCACUUCAAAGGUGGAGCGAGGGAUUCCAGGGAGACGAGAAACAAACAGCCAGGAUCAGUGUGCCGAAGAAUGGAGUACAGCUUUCCACCUAAAAUCAGCACCGUGCUUAUGACGGCAGACCCCCACUACAUUCCAGGGUAUGGUGGCUACUGUCCACAGCUGAAGUACACAGUGGGGAAUACUUAUGGCAGACUAACUGCACGUCUUCUCACAAGUCCAGAGGUCAGGCGUUCUAAGCGCCUUGUGCUGCAGUCUAGUCCAAUCCAGCUUCCUGAACUGGAAACUAAAGCUCAUGAACAGAUAUGGAACAACCAGAAGAAUAAACAAAAGUAUUCCCUGAAGCUGAUUCCCGGAUAUACAGGUUUUGUUCCUAAAAGCCAAAACCAUUUUUCCAAAACAUAUGCGGAAACCUGCCGGGAUGCUCUAAUGGAAUUUGAGAAGGAUCGACAUCGGAGAAAUGAGACGAAUUCUGCUAUUAGAAAUGCCUCUCAGCAAAGCCUCCAACAGUUGGAUCAGCAUGACAGCUCAUUGGCUUCCAUUCAGAAGAAUGUUCAUCCUUACCGUUCUCUUAAGGAAUGGUAUGCACAGCGAUCUCCUUACUUCAUGGAUGAUGAAGACCCAAAUAAAUACUUUGUAUCAGGUUACACAGGCUAUGUCCCCAGAGCUCGUUUUCUCAUAGGCAGUGGCUAUCCUGCAACCACCAAUCAUGCCCUUAUUCUUUUAAAUAAAGAAAUACAACAAGGUGAGUUAGAAGAAAGUGGACAUCAAAGCAAUUGCAAAGUGGAUCAAAGCUUUCCCUGUAUCUCCUGUAUUUACCCAAACAACCUAGGGCUCUUGCCCAACUACACUGGCCAUGUACCAGGUGAGCACGUUUAUUAAGAUCAAAGGUUAAUGUAGUUGCUUCACAUAGGCAGUGUCCCAGGGCUUGAUUCCUAUACUACCUACUUGUGUUCUGUACAAUAUGUGUUUUAAAUCCCUACAAAUGUAUAUGUUAGUGCUAUAAGUGACACUAAAUUGUCUUCACUCUGACUGGAUGUCAAAGUGCGAGGCAAGCUCUGUGAUAGGCUCGUAUUGCUUUGCAUUGGUCCCCCAUGACCUUCAAUUAGAUUAAGUGCAUUUAAGCAAGGAUAUAUUUAUGACUCCAAUGAUUACGUUCCAUUAUUACUUUUGAUGUGCAAUUGCCAUUUAGACGGCAUUUUACAAGUUGGUAAACCAUUGUUUCAUGUCCCAAGAGUCCUGACAAUAAAAUAAUAAAACACUGAACAUGUUUUGCGUUGAUGUAAAAAAAAAUGGUUGGACACCUCAGUUGCACCUUUAUUAAGUGAAGAGAUAAAGUUGAGAGAUAUAUCUCUUUCUUCUGAUCUAAUGCAUUAUAUAUUUCUAGUCUGCAAGGGCUUAAAAUCUUUUAGUAGUUCUUUAUGUGAGGUUGAAUAUUCAUGUUCUGCUAUAGCUCUUACUAGUGGGAUGUUUACUUGUGCAACUCCUAAUAUCAAUGUCUGAGUGGUCUCAAUAUUUUUGAAGAAGUAUUAACAGUUUCACAAUACAUGAUCCAUGUGGUUUUUGCCUUUGGUGACACUUUGGGUCCACUUCAAAUACUUGAAAAUCACAAGACUAACCUUACUCUGUCUUACCCCACUGAUACAAAAGAUAUAGUAAAUGCCAAAAAAAAUACAGUUUGUAUUAUUAUAAAAGAGUACAUUACUGGAAAUAAAUGAUUAUACUGUUAUUGUGACCAGGCAA